AUGGCGGAUUUUGGAACACCGCCUGCCACACCCCACGGCACUGCCCCGGAUCUCCGCUCGUUUCUCGACACCCUACGCGCGGACGGCGAUCUGGUGGAUGUCUACCAAGAAGUCGAUCCUCAUCUCGAGGUCGGGGCAAUUGCUCGACGUGUGAGCGAACGGAACGCCCAGGUGCCAUUAUUCCAUCAGGUCAAAGGCGCCCGCAACGGACUGUGGAGGAUGACAUCAAAUCUCCAGAGCCUGCGUCAGUCCCCGGCAGAGAGACUGGGACGCAUCGCCCGAGGCAUAGGGCUACCACCGAGUGCGGGUUGGCGCGAGAUCAACACCAAGCUCCUCCAAGCGGCGCGAUUGCUCCCAUCAACCACCACCUCGUCUCCCGUGCUCUCGAGCGGUCCAUGCAAGGAAAACAAAGUCUUUGGGGAUGAUAUCGAUCUGAUGCAACUCCCUGCCCCUCUCCUGCACCAGGGGGACGGCGGGAGGUAUGUGCAGACCUAUGGAAUGCAUAUCCUUCAGUCGCCCGACGGGUCGUGGACCAACUGGUCCAUCGCGCGCGCCAUGAUCCAUGACCGGAACCAGCUGGUCGGCCUCUGUAUUCCUCCGCAGCAUAACUGGCAGAUCAAGGAAAUGUGGAGGAAACAGGGACAUGCGGAGGUUCCUUGGGCUCUGGCUCUGGGAGUUCCCCCGGCCGCGAUCAUCGCCGCGGGUUUGCCCAUCCCUGAUGGCGCCUCCGAGUUGGAUUAUGUCAAUUCCAUCACCGGUUCCCCGAUGGGUCUCGUGCGCUGUGAGACCAACGACCUUCUGGUCCCAGCAAGCUGUGAGAUUGUCUUCGAGGGAACAUUGUCCAACACCAAGACAGCCCUGGAGGGUCCCUUUGGCGAAUACUUUGGCCAUGGCUUCGAGGGCGAGAGCAGACCGAUGCCAAUAUACCAUGUCAACGCCAUUACCCACCGGGACAAUGCUAUUCUACCUGUAUCGGUGCCUGGGGUCAUAACGGACGAAUCGCAUACUCUAGCUGCCUUGAUGGUGCCAGAAAUUCUCAAUAUCUGCCUGGAACAUGAGUUCCCAAUCUCCGAUGCAUUUGCCCCGCUGGAGACCAACGCGACCUGGGUCUUCCUCCAAGUGAACUCGGAGCGACUCCAGUCCAUGGGGACCAACGCGCAGCAGCUAUGCAGGUCCAUCGGGCGGACGGUGUUCCAGGAUAAACGCGCGUGGCUUGCCUCGCGACUGUUCCUGGUCGGAGAUGACAUUAACAUCUACGAUUUCCAGCAGACAAUGUGGGCAGUGGCUUGUCGCUCACGCCCCGGUCAGGACGAUUACGGGUUCGACGAUGUGCCUGGCUUGCCCCUCGUGCCCUCGAUGCAUGGCAGUCCACGCCCUUGUCGCGGGGGCAAAACCGUGACUAAUUGUCUCCUCGAGUCGGAGUUCAAGGCCGGCGGUCGUAAUUGGCACAAGGUUGACUUUCAGCAUGCUUAUCCUAAGGUUGUGCAGGAGCGCGUCUUGUCACGCUGGGGAGCAAUGGGGUUGAAAUAG